AUGGUGAAUUGGAAGCCAGCAGCACACAAGGCCGAGGUGCAUGGUUGGGCUAGCCUAUCAAAGGCAGGGCUGCAAGAGACUCUACGAAGCCAUUGUAAGCGAGAGUUUUAA